AUGGAUAUGAUAACUCUGAAACGAUGGAUAUACCAAACGAAGGACAAUAGGCUCAAACACCUAUGAGAAAGGAACGCAGCAAAAAGAAAGAAUAUCGAAUGUUCUAUGACUCAGUCAGGAGGAGAAAAGACACAAACACAGACCGACCUGAGGCCUGGCAAUAGAUACCUACCUAUAUACCACCGGUCAGCCAGCCGCCGCCAUCCACGAUGGGCAAAUGACGAUCUAUGCACGCGCGCGCGUACCAUGCCCCUGAGAAUCCAUCACCAGCCUCGUAUGGCCUGUCUCGUCCUGUCAACCCGCCUGAUCUUCGUGUCGGAAUGCACGUACUGUAUUUGCCGGCGCGUGGGUAACAAAUUCCUUUUGACCCUUGACACCUUCCCCUGGCGGCUGCACGGCCACUCGGCAAAUGAAAGAAAGCAGAUCCCCUUAAAAAAGCAUUCAGGGUCUCUUUUUGCUUUUUUGGGGUUUCUUUUUUUAUCGCGUUCUUUUCUUUGUUCUCUUCGCACCGGUUAUUUACAGGUGGGGAUCAAUGUCGAAAGGCUGUCGCGGGGCUUCAGGCUAUUGGCAGCCUCUUCUGCACAUCCAGCCGCGCAUACUUUCCAAAGAAUCCAGACUACCCUCCGUACUCCAUAUCUACCUGUACUGGAGGCACGGAGUACGGCAGUACAGUACAGGGAUACCAUGUACAUUGCGUCUACGGAUUCCUGCGGGUACAUAAUACGCGCUACUCUAUACUAAUUCGGGGAAUAAAACUGUUUCUUUUUCUGCUGCAGUGGUUGAACGGCAAACGGAGGUGCAUCAUUAAUCAAUGCUUUCUUUUUAUGGAAUAGGUCGCUUUUCUUGUCUUGGAAUAGUAGCAAUAGCGCCUCGUCUCGGGGCGACUUGCAUAGGAGUGCAGCACACUGCCAUUUACCAAGGCAAUACCCCCUAUACAGUGUAAAAAAAGUUUCCAGAACACUGCCGUAUUAUAAAUGUCUUGCAAUGGAAUUUGAUGAUCUGUCUCCAUUACUCACCUCUGCACACAAGUCUCUAUCGCCCCUUGCAGCAC